UGAAAGCAAUUAAUGGCAUGGUGAGUUAAUGGCAAUUCUUGUCAUUUGGUUCGGCUUCUUGACUUUAUAUCAUAUUGCUUUUUAUUAACCCGCCUUAGUAAUAAUCGGUGUGAUGGGAAAGUUUUUGUUCUAAAAUGCAGUCCGUCGUAUCUUACGUCCGUUCUUUGCUGGGCUGGACUGAAGAAGACGAAAUUAAAAAGACUAUUAUAAAACGACACAGAAAUGAUGCUGACUAUUCUAAUGAUGGACGUCCGAAGAGACUAAAACAUAAUAUUGAAAACACAAUUUUUCCGGGAGUUAUGACUUCAAAAGAUUUUUUUGAAGAUGAGUCAUAUAAAAAUGUGAGAAUAGUACCAAUAGAAAUUGAAGAUAGACGUCCAAGCACCUCAACCCCAUAUGUAAAUCUCAAUAAGGAGAAUCGUGAAACGAAUCGAGAAACCGGGACAGUGCCAGUUAAAAUAAUUGGUAGGCAAAAUGGGUCACUCACUCCAAUUAGAAAAGAAAAACUGCAUGGACCAGGAAGUCGUGUAGUUCGGGCUGUACUUAUUGAUGAUGAUGAUGCUGUUGAUGAACAAGAGGUUACAUUAGUGGAAACUCAACCACCUAAAGAAAAAACAAAACUUUACAUUAAUUUAGAUGAUGAUGAUGAAGAAAAUGAUAGAGAUGUUGUGUUUGUCAAAAAAGUUUCUUCACCACCUUCAAGUAAACCUUUCAAACUGGUUAUUGAUGAUAAUGAUUUUGCUGAACCUACAAAAUACAGACAAUAUCGUAAAAUAGUUGACAGAGGCACGAAUGUUUCACCAAGAUCAUAUAGUAUUCUUAGAAAUAGUGGCGGUAUUCAAAAAUCAUAUAAAAAAGCUCCAACACCAUCAUUACCAAACUGGCUUUCAGCAAAGUCCACAAUGAAUCCGAGAACAAGAAACAACAAUCUUAAUGGCACAAAGUCAACACUUCUGAAACUUUUUAAUAUAGAAGAAAAGAAUAACUUUAGAGAACUUAUUAAAAAAGUCUGUAGUGUAAAUCAAACACCACAAACACAGAAACCAAUUGAUAUAAUAAAUUUAGCUGAGGAAUCCGCAUCAUUUAGGCUGACGAGGAAAUCGCAAAAGAGCUCCCUGAAUGAAAUCAAAAGGUUUGAAAAUGACCUAAAAGGUAAAGACAGUGAUUCUACAACAGAAUAUGAUCCAAUAACAGUAGCGUCAAUUACCUCUUCAGAUUCAGAAGUAGAAGUUAUACCAUCAGAUUCUUCAGUCUCAUCAACAAGAAUAGAGCCGAUAAAUACAUUGAGAGACUCAUUCAGAGACAGAGAUGUAAUAUCUAGUGAUUGGUUAAGAAAAUUAGACACAAAAUAUAAGAACAAAAAGAAAGACACACAAGUAAAGUUAAAUGAUGCCCGUCGAGAGUCGGAUAUUAUAUCAAAAGUGAACCAUGAGCAAUGUUUGGCACAUUUAAGGAAUAAGCUAAAGUAUGAGUUGUGUAUACCCGAAAGUUUGAUUGAGGAGGAGCAACCAGCUGUUGAGUUACCCCCACUAACUGCGGAACAAGAGAAACUAGUCAGUAGAGCAUUGGGGCCGGGACCCCAAGGACAAGUGCUUAUUGAGAAAUUCAAUUUAAGGAUAACAAGACGAGACCUCCAAACGUUAUCAGGUCUGAAUUGGCUGAAUGAUGAAGUGAUAAAUUUCUACAUGAACUUAUUAAUGCAAAGAUGCGGAGAACGAAAGGAUUUGCCUCAAGUGUAUGCUGCUAACACUUUCUUCUAUCCCAAAUUAAUGCAGAGUGGACAAGCUGGAUUGCGGCGGUGGACUAGAAAGGUAGACAUAUUUGCACACCAGCUGAUGGUGGUUCCUGUCCACUUGGGAGUUCAUUGGUGUAUGAGUAUCAUCGACUUCCGGGAGAAGAAGAUAUCUUACCUGGAUAGUAUGGGAGGGAAGAACCAGGCGGCCCUGGUUGCGCUACUGCAGUAUCUCCGAGAUGAACAUAAAGACAAGAAGGGACAACCCUUUGAUGACAGUGGAUGGAAGAUUGAGUGCUUACGAGAUGUUCCCCAACAAAUGAACGGCAGUGACUGCGGUAUGUUUGCGUGUACGUUCGCGGAAUUCUCGUCGCGGAAUGCGCGAUACACAUUUACGCAGGCUGACAUGCCGUAUCUGAGAAGAAAAGCGGCCUACGAGAUUUUACAAGGGAAGUUGUUACUAUAAGUAAUAGUCCAUAGGUAAUGAUCAACCCACAGUUUACAGUCCUGAAAAGCAAUAAAAAUGUGUUUUUUUUUUUGUAUUUUAACAUUUUUUUAUAUCCAGUGUAAUUUGCUGAAUCUCUAUGAAAUCGUUUUAAAUAGGUCUUGUGGUUCAAUACGCAAAUAUGUAUGAAUAUAACUCAACAGAAAUAAGACAAAAAUGUUAAAACGCUGAAGUUUGCAAAUACUGUUCGUAAUUUCUACGAAGCGUACGCGUUUUAUUAGACUGAAACGUUCGUUGGCGAGAUGGAGGUCUUGGGUUUGAUUCCUGACGAAUUAAUAGCAUUCGUAAAAAAAUGGAGGUCCCGUUCAAUUACAGUAACUUAAAUUCCGAUUCGAAGUUAUAAAUACUACUGGUUUUUCAUUUAGCAACCCUUUGUAUAUUACAGAUUGAAAUGUAUGUUAAUUAAAUACUUUAUUAGGAGUAUGACUUAAGAAAUAAUAUAUUAAACAAGUUCCAAUAUGUUUUUCAUUAAAUUUCCUGAAAAUAUGUUCCGAAAACUUACGUCCUAUGCUAUUACUGGAAUUUGGAUGUUACAUUUUUAUCUAACAUUAAUGGCCUCAAGAUAGGAUAUUUGACAUCAUUAAAAUCUAAAAUAAUUUCAUUUAAUUUAUAUGUUUAUCUUUUAAAUUCCAAGGGAAUUGCCAACUUGAAAAAAUUAUAAAAUUAAUUUAGACUCAAUUUCAAGACAUUCGAUUUAUAAGAUAUUUCUCAUGAUUUUCAAUUCCAAGGUCUAGAAGAAAUUGGCACCAACUCUUGACGUCCAAGAGUUGUAUCUCUUUGAGACUGAGCUAUUGGACUUAAUAACCAGAUACAAAUGUCAAUUUAAAAGUUAAAUUUAACUAAACAAUCGGACGUGUAAUAAGGCCAGCAUACAAAACGGAUAAACGUAAGAUGCUAUGGUCUAAAGACUCUGGCCUGUCCACGACUUGGGAGAAUUAAAAAAACUCAUUAACUGUCAUAUUGACAGACGGAAAUGUGGACAUAUCGUAAACUAUGUGUAAUGGCGGGCUGAAUCACGAAUAACUAUUUUGUACCAUGAGAUAGUCGAUUUUUUUAAUGAAAAAGUAAAAAGAAAGGACUUAGUACAUCAGCCGAAUAAAAAAAUGAUUUUUAAGGAUUUUCAGUAAAAAUACAAAUUAGAUGUGUAAUUGAAUUUGUAUAUAAAUAUGAUCAAAAUAGCAGUUUCGCUAUAGGUUAAAAAUGUUCCAGAGACUAAACCCCCUCGUUAAUUAAAUGGUCUGAUUGAGCCGUUACUUAUCUGUCUUCGUCACAUAGUAAACACAAUUUUAAGGAGUGCGGCUUCUGUUGCAUUUAAAAAGUAAACUUAUUAAUAUGCGUUUAAGAUAUUUUCGUUAGCAAAACCUUUGACUUAUCUUGAGUUAUUUUCUAAUAUAGCUCAACGUAUAAUAAAAGUGCC